AUGAACUCUAUGAAAUUCUCAUCUAAACCUAGUUUAUAGGCUUUGAAAUCCUCAAAAUUUAGUGUUCUUUCAACCUAAUAACGAACUCCAGAUUCUACAAAAUUGAUGAAACUAAAACAGACAUGCCUUUUGUAUAGCCAAAGUCCAAAGUUUAAAACUGGGAGAACUAAAACAUUUAACUUUAGUGAAACUGAUUUGAAACCUGUAGCAAAAAUGGAUAAUUUGAAAGAGAAAAUUGAGAAGUCAAUCAUUCUAUUAUAAAAAACGAAAGGAUAAAAAGAUUUAUCAACAUAAUUAAAAGUUGAGGAAAUGGUUAUUGAAAUAAUGAAACUAUGUCAGAUUGACAAUAAAAUCUUGAAACUCUUGGAAUAAAUCAAAGAGGAGAAAGAAUAGAAGCAAUAAUCUUAAUUCAAAACUAUGUUAUUUAUAAAUAGACAAUAAAAUUAAAUAGAAUAAUUAAAAAGGAGAUGCUCGGAAUAUAAUUGA